AUGGCUGAUGCUCCUGAGAAUUCGUUGAACCCACAUGCACCUGAAUAUAUCCCUACUACCACUCCGCCUCCGCCGCCACCACCGCCUCAUCCUACACAUUUGCUUCUUCGACGACGGGGCCAAUCUCUGCCGGUGAUGCUUCCAACGCAUGCAGCUUUGCCUGCACUUCCGCCGCCUCUUCCGCCGCUUCUUCCUCUUCCGCGGCCUCUUCGGCCGCUUCUUCCUCUUCCGCCGCUUCUUCCUCUUCCUACCGUCUAUUCUUGGCGAACUACUGUCAUGAUGAAGAAUAUCCCAUCUCACUUCAACCGUAAAAAGUUGAUUAAAUUUCUAGACAAUUACUGCUCACUGGAGAACGAAAAAGCGAGAGAUUUAAAUGAAGAAAAUCCUCAUGUCUUCGCUUAUGAUUUCUUGUAUUUGCCUACGAAUUUCAAAGCAACGACCAACCCAGGCUAUGGAUUUGUGAAUUUCACCGAUCACAGAACUCUGCCAAAAUUUUUUAAGCAUUUUAAUGAGAGAGCAAUAACGUAUCCAAAUUCUGCAAGGAACGUUCGGAUGGACAUUGCGAAUAUCCAGGGAAGAAUUGCUUUAGUGAACCGAUACGAGAAUGUAAGUUUUGUGAGUAAAUCUGAAGAGUGUCUUCCAGUUGUGUUUAAUCCUGCAAGAAAUGGUUCUGGGGAAACAGUGCAAGUGAUUACUGUGGGCAAAUUUCAAGCCAUUCCAGAUAUUCCCAUCGAUUGAUUUUAGUAAUUGAAUAGCAGGCUGUUGUAUUUUUCCUUUACCAAAUAAACAAGUUGAUCG